CAGACCAACAACACAGACCAACAACACAGACCAACAACACAGACCAACAACACAGACCAACAACUCAGACAGUGUCAGUAGUCACCACGUCAACAAGCUUCAGGAACUUCAGAUCCAUUUCUCUGGACCUCUUCCUGGGUUGACCAGGACUUUAAACACACAGGGAGUUAUGUGGAGGAUUCUCCUGAUGGUCAGUCUGCUCUGCUGGAGCGCUGACGGACAAGAUGUGAAAUGCAGAAAUGACAAGGAUGAACCAGUGGACUGGUACAUCAUCUACAAGGCACCCGGACUGCAAGAGAUCAACACUGAGGGUUUGGAAUAUAUUUACAUUGAUCCAGCCGGGAAGAAGACCUCUAAAGAUCACAAUAAGCACAUCGACGAUCCUAAAGGUGUCCUGGCAAACACCCUGAAGCCCAUUUUUAAACUAAAAACAGCAUUGCCCAAAGACUUUGGAUUCAUCACCUACAGCGACCAACCUCCUCCAGAUGAAAAGGGUGUAACGCCUUCUGUUGGCUCUACGUUUGGUCACAGUAAAGGAGUUGUGAUGAUGGAUAAAACCACAGGAGACAAGACAGGAGUCUGGCUCUCACACAGCGUACCAAAGUUCCCUUUCAAAAGAGAUCAAAAUUUCUGGCCACCCAGCGGAGCAAAGAAUGCUCAGACGUUUAUCUGUGUAACAUUCAAGUACGAGGAGUUCAAAAAGAUAGGUCAACACCUGCUGAACAUCAGAGCUUUCCCGUUUGGAAGUCAAAUUCCAGCUGGCUUCCAUCCUGAGCUUAUAAAGGCUAAAGACAAGGAAAACCCAACAGGAGAGAAAAUCCAGGAGCUGAAAUCAGCAGGAGGAACAGACUUUCGUAGCAUUGCUAAAGAACAGUAUAAAGGACUUAACGAUAGAGGCGACACACUUAUAGACCAAAACAGAUUUGUUGGAGAUCUUUACCUCACUAUUGCAGAGAAAUACAACACUGAUGUGAGGGUCCAGACCUGGGGCCAACAGUGUUACCGUGAAGGUUCCUACUGCGAACAAAAUAAACGUCAAGUGAUGAAUAUUAAAUCUGUAAAAGCUGAUCUGGGUAACGGGGAGGUUGAGUGGGAGCCUUGUAAUGAUCAUUCCAAGUGGUGUGUAGGUAAAGAUAAUAAUAAUAAUUUGAUCUGUAUCGCUGAUGUAAACAGAGCAGUCACCCAAUAUGAAAGGCCGGGGGGGGCACUGUGCUUUAUACAUAAAGAGGCAAGUGAACUAUUUAAAGGUCUUAUUGGUGGAACUAAGAAUUGCCCAAGUCUAACUGGCUCAAAGCGUCGCCGCUUGUCCUCUAACCCUGGCUCUGCCUGUGUCGAUGGCUCUGAUUAAUGACCGAUAGGAUAAAUACGCCUCUCCUUGCCGUCUACAAGUCCUGAGGGGUAUUGCACAAAACCAGGAUCAGGGAUUAAGCCGGGAUACUCAGGUUAUCCUGGAUGAAUUUAGCUUUGACUUGGUUGCACAAA